UGAUAGAAAGCAAGAGAUACGGCGAUGAAACUCUAGAGACGCAAUGUCUCAACACUGAAAAAACUCUCUGUCUUUACAGAACUGUUACUUUAACUUCCCCAAACAGCAACUGCAAGACGCUCAGUUUAAGGGUACACACGGGGAACUCGAGCUUUGAGCUUUCCGGCCCGUCAGGCGCGUGGCUCAGUCUGCGCAUGCCCACGAGCCCCUCCAGUCCGCGCGCCCGGUUGGGCCAAACCAGGGGGGCGGAGUGCGGGCCACGUGGGGUCCCGUGACGUCAUCUCCGGGCGCCGACGGUGACUGGACUUGCGGUGGGCUUCCAGGGCUCGUCGGCGCUGCCGGCUGGGUUCGCUGGAUACUGGAGGGCGAAGUGCUGCAGAUCUCCGCUCGAUCUCCUCUCGACCUCCGCGCCGGUGCUUUCUGUGGCUGCGGGGCCCUGUGGACUCCUGCUUCCUCGCCUCUGCAGGACAGUGACAGGCAGGCAGCCUGCCCCGCCGCCUCCCCGGAGCCCGGGACCCGCGCGUCUCCACCCGUGCGGGAAGCCGGAGAAGCGGCGCUUCGGGUAGGCUUGGCUUAGGUUGACAAAAUAAUUUAGCCUAUAUGUACUGCUUUAACCACUGGAAGAAUGACAGAUGACAAAGAUGUGCUUCGAGAUGUGUGGUUUGGACGAAUUCCAACUUGCUUUACACUGUAUCAGGAUGAGAUAACUGAAAGGGAAGCAGAACCAUACUAUUUGCUUUUGCCAAGAGUAAGUUAUUUGACGUUGGUAACUGACAAAGUGAAAAAGCACUUUCAGAAGGUUAUGAGACAAGAAGACAUUAGUGAGAUAUGGUUUGAAUAUGAAGGCACACCACUGAAAUGGCAUUAUCCCAUUGGUUUGUUAUUUGAUCUUCUUGCAUCAAGUUCAGGCCUUCCUUGGAACAUCACAGUACACUUUAAGAGUUUUCCAGAAAAGGAUCUUCUGCACUGUCCAUCUAAGGAUGCAAUUGAAGCUCAUUUUAUGUCUUGUAUGAAAGAAGCUGAUGCAUUAAAGCAUAAAAGUCAAGUAAUCAAUGAAAUGCAGAAAAAAGAUCACAAGCAGCUCUGGAUGGGAUUACAAAAUGAUAGAUUUGACCAGUUUUGGGCCAUCAAUCGGAAACUCAUGGAAUACCCUGCAGAAGAAAAUGGAUUUCGUUAUAUUCCUUUUAGAAUAUAUCAGACGACAACUGAACGACCUUUCAUUCAGAAGCUGUUCCGUCCUGUGGCUGCAGAUGGACAGUUGCACACGCUAGGAGAUCUCCUCAGAGAAGUUUGUCCUUCUGCAAUUGCUCCUGAAGAUGGGGAAAAAAAGAAUCAAGUGAUGAUUCAUGGAAUUGAGCCAAUGUUGGAAACCCCUCUGCAGUGGCUAAGUGAACACCUGAGCUACCCAGAUAAUUUUCUUCAUAUUAGUAUCAUCCCCCAACCGACAGAUUGAAGGAUCAACUAUUUGCCUGAACAGAUCUCCCUGAAACAGGAAUUGCCAGAGCAUGUCACCCUUCUGCUUCCAUCAGGUUUGGUGAAGGCAGCCUGACCAGAAACACUGCGCUGCUGCAAGCCAAACAGGAAAAAGAUCCCAUGUCAGAUAAGGUUACUGAGCUGGUCUGACUGUGCAUCACCACCGCUUUCCUCCACUGCCGUCAUUCAACUUCAGCUGCGACCUGAAAGACUUCACAGGACCACUGCAGGGCUUCUGUUUUCGUGUAAAGUAUAAUGAAGUCGAAACCCUUGGCCUAAGAAGAAAAUGGAAAUAUGUGCCAUUUGAUUUGUAUUUCUGAUUAACAAAUAAACGGGGUAUUUCCUAAGGUGACCAUGGUUGAACUUUAGCUCAAGAGAGUGGAAAGAUUGGUUUAAUUUUCAAGAGAAUUAGACUUAAAGUAAAAGAGAAAUUCUGUUAUCAAUAACUUGCAGUAAUUUUUUUGUAAAAGAUCAAAUUACAGUAAACCCAUCUUUCCUUAAUGAAAAUUUCCUAUGUUUACAGUCUGUCUACUGGUAUGCAAACAAUCUUGUACCUUUGAUAAUGAACAGUGAGAGAUUUUUAAAUAAAGCCUCUAAAUAUGUUUUGUCAUUUAAUAACA